AUGCAUUCAUUCAUAGGUUGCCUAGUAGUGCCGGGAUUUCUGGGCACAGAUGCUGGGGAAGGCGGCGAGCGCGCGUUCCGUCAUGCGAGCGGAAAGCUGGCGGCCCGCGACCGCGUGGCGGUGCAGGACUUCGUGCUGCUCGAGACUUCCGCAGCGAGGCCCGCCUUCGUCGAAACCUGCCAGGCGCUUCCGCGAGGACCUCAUCGUACACCUACAUCGGCCAGGUGCUUCGUCUCCGUCAACCCUUACAAGCCGCUGCCCAUCUACACGGCCGAGGCCGUCAAGCAGUACCGCGGCCUGCACUUUUCUACGACGCCGCGGCCGCACAUGAAGGGCGGCGAGCGCGCGUCCGUCAUGGAGCGGGAGCUGGCGGCCCGCGACCGCGUGGGCGUGCAGGACUUCGUGCUGCUCGAGGACUUCCGCAGCGAGCCCGCCUUCGUCGACAACCUGCGCAGGCGCUUCCGCGAGGACCUCAUCUACACCUACAUCGGCCAGGUGCUCGUCUCCGUCAACCCCUACAAGCCGCUGCCCAUCUACACGGCCGAGGCCGUCAAGCAGUACCGCGGACUGCACUUCUACGAGGCCGCGCCGCACAUUUACGCCAUCGCGGACACGGCGUACCGGUCGCUGACGGACGAGAACCGGCCGCAAUGCAUCCUCAUCUCAGGUGAGUCUGGCAGCGGGAAGACGGAGGCGUCCAAGAAGGUGCUGGAGUUCGUGGCGGAGGCGUCGGGUCACACGAGCACCGUCGACAACGUCAAAGACAAGCUGCUGCAGAGCAACCCGCUGCUGGAGGCCUUCGGCAACGCCAAGACCAACCGCAAGUGACAAGUCCCGAGUCGCUUCGGGAGUACAAUGGGACAUCGCCGUUCUCACUUCCAGGGCGUGCCGGUGGGCGGGCACAUCCUCAACUACCUGCUGGAGAAGAGCCGCGUGGUGCACCAGGCGGCGGGCGAGCGCAACUUCCACGUGUUCUACCAGCUGCUGGCGGGCGCCGACGACGCGCUGCUGGCGCGGCUGCAGCUGCGCCGCUCGCUCGACACAUACUUCUACUGCACGCACGGCGCGCGGGCGGGCGCCGGGCUGCCCGAGCAGGAGGACGCCACGCAGUGGGCUCAGGUGCGCCGCGCCAUGGAGGUGGUGGAACUGGGCGCGGAGGAGCAGGACGCGCUGCUAGCCAUCGUGGCGGCCGUGCUGCACUUGGGCAACGUGGGCUUCACGGAGGAGGAGGGCGCGGCGAAGGUGCUGAAGCCGGAGGCGGCCGAGGCGGCGGCGCGCCUGCUGGGCUGCGAGGUGCCGCUGCUCGGCGCAGCGCUGCAGCAUCGCACCAUAGAGGUGCGCGGGGAGACGGUGACGUCGCCGCUGGGGCGCGACACGGCCAUCUAUGCACGCGACGCCCUGGCCAAGGCCGUCUACGACCGCCUCUUCAGCUGGCUGGUGGCGCGCGUCAACGCCUCGCUGCAGGGCCCGGCCGCCGCGCGCCAGAAUCAGAUGGGCAUCCUCGACAUCUACGGCUUCGAGAUUUUCACGCGCAAUAGCUUUGAGCAGUUCUGUAUUAACUUCUGUAAUGAAAAACUGCAGCAGCUUUUCAUAGAGUUGACUCUCAAAUCAGAGCAAGAAGAAUACUUGAGAGAAGGCAUAGAAUGGGAACCUGUGGAAUAUUUCAACAACAAAGUUAUCUGUGAUUUAAUAGAAGAGAAACACAAAGGGAUUAUUUCAUUGAUGGAUGAGGAAUGUCUUCGACCUGGUGAUCCAACAGACAAGAGUUUCUUAUCAAAAAUGAAUGCCAAUCUUUCCAAUCAUCCACAUUACAUUAGUCAUCAGAAAGCUGACACCAAAACUCAAAAGAUCAUGGGUAGAGAUGAGUUUCAAUUGAAACACUAUGCAGGUGAUGUUACUUACAAUGUUCAAGGCUUUCUGGAUAAAAAUAAUGAUCUUCUGUUCAGAGAUCUUAGACACGCCAUGUCUGAAACAACAAAUCCUAUAAUAAAGGCUGUUUUCCCUGCAAGUGAUGUCGUCACAAAGCGACGCCCAGAUACAGCUGCUACCCAGUUCAAGAACAGCCUCAACAAGCUCAUGGAUAUUCUCAUGGGCAAGGAACCUUCAUACAUUCGUUGCAUCAAGCCUAAUGACAGCAAAUCAUCAGGCAUCUUUGACGAGAAAGUUGUGAGUCAUCAAGUUAAAUACCUUGGCCUUAUGGAGAACUUACGUGUUCGCCGAGCUGGCUUUGCCUUCCGUAGGCCAUAUGAGCUGUUUCUUAGGCGGUACAAGUGUCUUUGCCCAGCAACAUGGCCUCAUUUUAAUGGUGAUGCAAAGGAAGGGGUUCAAACUUUGGUGAACCACUUGAAUUAUCAACGUGACGACUUUAGGAUGGGCAAGACAAAGAUUUUCAUUCGCUUUCCCAAAACUCUCUUUGAGACUGAGGAUGCAUUCCAAGUAAAGAAACAUCAAAUUGCGGCUAUAAUACAAUCGAGGUGGAAAGGCAGGCAGCAACGUCUAAAGUUUCUGAAAAUGAGAGAUGCAGUUACCACCAUAAAUAAAUAUGUGAGAAGAUUCUUGGCUAAGAGGGAUGCAGAGAGGAGGAGAAAAGCUGCUCAAGUCAUCCGCAGAUUUAUUGAAGGAUUUAUAACUCGUAAUGGUCCAGAAACUCCAAUAAAUAAAGAAUUCAUUGAAAUUGCCAAAGCUCAGUACCUCAUUCGUCUUUCAAAGGACCUGCCUAAAUCAGUAUUAGAUAAUAGCUGGCCUCCAUGUCCAGUAUCAUGCAAAGAGGCAUCAGAACAUCUGCGCAAGUUCCACAAGUUGUGGCUUGCGAAGAAAUAUAGAGAUAAUCUCAAGCCACAAGACAAAAAGCAGUUUGAAAUGAAAAUUUUGGCAGAAUCCCUUUUUAAAGGUAAAAAGAAGUCCUAUGCUAAAAGUGUUCCUCGCCGAUUUGCAACUGAUCGGUUGAAAGAAGAAAAUAAAUCACAGAGGCAAUCCUUUGAGCUAAAUCAGCUUCAAUCCAAUGAAAAAAUUUUGUAUUCAGCAUCUGUAACAAAGUUCGAUAGGCAUGGUUACAAACCUCGUGAAAGAGUUCUAUUUCUCACUAAUCGAACUUUGUACCUGCUAGAAGGGAAGACUUCAAAAUUGAAGCAUAACCUUCCUCUUGAUACAAUUCAAGAAGUAGUAGUCACAACUGAAUCGGAUAACCUAGUCUUAAUCAGGAUACCCCCAGACCUUAAGAAGGAUAAGGGAGACCUGAUAUUAGAGGUUGAUAAUUUAAUAGAAGCCAUAACCACCCUAAUAGAUAUAACCAAAAAACCUCAAACUGUGAAAGUAAUGGAUGCCUCUUCGAUUUCUCACAAUUAUAUAGGUGGAAAACAAGGCCAGAUAGAAAUCACUACAGGUGAUCAACCAUUAAUAACCAAAUCUAAGGGUGGACAUUUACUUGUUGUUGCUUCAAGAUAGAAGGAGCUGCAAGUUAUGGUAAGGAGAAAUUCCUCUGUUCCACAGAUGUGAUACAUGGAAUACAAGGGGCAACGUAGGAGAUCUUUAAGUGUUUUAACAUUUAUGAAAAAAAAGUUGUGAACUCCUUACAGCAGUUUAAGUGUGUGCCAUCAGUCAGUAGGAGAUCGUUUUUAAAUAUUGUUUCCAAACGUUCAAGAAUUUUUUACAGAAGAUACAUUUUACGCAGUUAGAUUAAAGCAAUUCUGUGCAGAUAUGCUGAGUCAGAAGUGUUCUUCUUUCCUUAUGCAAUUUUACUCCUACCUAAGAAACAAUGAGCUAGAAACUGCUUCAAUGAGGAGCAUUUUUAUGAAAAUGUAUAUAAUAGUAAGGUUUAAUGAUGAAAUUCAAGGAGUAAAUAAUAUGCUGAAAGUAAUACGCAGCUAGAGCACAAAAACAAUAAAGAUAUGUUAAGUAAAUAAACUUUAUUUUUGUACCACACAAUACAAACUGAAAUGACACUAAAUCAGUACUCUACGGAGCACCACCAGAAAAAAAUCCAAAUUGUAUCAGAUAUGAUCAAAUUUUUAACAUGUAAAUAAUUUAUAUGUAGAUAUUGGCAUUAUUUAUGAACAUGUAUUUCAGUAAGGCACUUAUUUUCUCAAUAAAUACCAAGUUUACACAGUAUUCUGUUCAAUUUCUUAAAAAUGGUCCCCUGCAGAAAUUGUACCUUUAACUUCACUUCAGAUUGCACAAAAACUAUGCAAAUAGAAGGUCAUUAAUAAUGAAAACUUACAAUAAAUAACUUCUCAGUAGGAAAAAGAAAUAGUCUGUAUAAUAAACAUUGAAAUUCACAUAAAGUGUGAACAAGGAAAAAGAACACUCUUUUAAGUUAAACAUUGCACAUAGAAAGUUGUCAUUUUUUUGAUUUUUUGGCAGCAGCUUUUUUUGGUGUGGCUUGUUUCUUGUUUGUGAGAGACUUCCUUCCAUCAAGUGCCCGUGCUCUCAAUUCCUCUUCCAUGGCCUGAUUCACAGUUUUUGUGACAACUUUGUUUAAUUUUUGAGCUUCCUUUUGUUGUUUCUUCUUUGGCUGUAUAGGUCGAUUUCCUCUCUUCGUUACUGCUGGUCCUUUAGUUGCUUUCUUCUUGGAUUUUGGAGCAGCGCCCUUCGCUUUAACUUUCAGUUUACCUUGCGGCAUUGCGACGAUAAGCAACGAUUGUUAACCACAAAUUUAGGUUCACGCCAACCAACGCCAACUACUCGCGUCGCGUCGGAUAUACCCACAACUCGCACCAGACGAGAACCACGGAAUAAAUAACGUACGAACGUCGCAACGUAUGAAAAUGAGACUAACGACUAACUCAUUUUUCUCGCCUGUAGGUUGGUGGGGGUCCAACAAAUCCAGUUCAUUUCACUUACGGAGUAGUGAUACUCCUAUCCAAU